AUGAUUGAAACUUCUAUCGUUGAAGUCCUGUCCAACAUCGUUGGCGAGGACAAUGUCCUUACCGCCGACUACGAUCUGGACCGUUAUUCUGCCGAUGCCCUGACCCCCUUCCGUGCUUAUCGUGCCGGCUAUGCCUUUGAGCAGUUGGCGGAAGUGGUGGUUCGUCCCGGUUCCGUUGACGAGGUAUCCCAGAUCGCGGCCCUGGCCACUCGCGAAGGCAUCCCCCUGGUACCCUACGGCGGCGGCACUGGCGUCAUGGGCGGCGUGCUACCGGUCAAGGGCGGCAUAGUUGUCGACGUGAAGCGUCUGAACCGCAUCGAGGAAAUCAGCCCAAGGGAUAUGACUGCCUCGGUAGGGCCCGGGGUUGUAUUGCAGGAUCUGGCGGAUGCGCUGGCCGAGCAUAAUUUGAUGAUCGGGCACGACCCUUACAGCGUUCCCAUUGCCACCGUCGCUGGCACCAUUUCUACCAACGGUGUCGGCUACCGCGCCAGUGCCUUUGGCCCCAUGGGGCAACAGGUUGUUUCCCUGCAAGUGGUGCUGCCCGAUGGUCGAAUACUGGACACCCGCUCGGUUCCCAAGUACUCCUCCGGCCCCAACUUCAACCACCUCUUCAUCGGCGGCGAAGGAACCUUCGGGAUUAUUACCCGGGCAACGAUUCGUGUAUACCGCCAGCCUGAGGCGCAGGUGUUUGCCACCGCCGGCUUCGACAGCUUUGACCAAGGGUUCGACGCGGCCGCCGAGAUGAAGGCCUUGGAACUCCACCCGACCCUUCUGGACCUUACGGAGGAAGACGGGGAAAUCCGGAUGUUCCUUUGUUUUGAAGGCUACCGGGAAGGUGUGGAGGCGCGGCACAGGCGGGCGAUGGAGAUCUGUAACCAGUUUGGGGGAAGAGACAUCGGACCCGAGGAUACCCUGGAUUACUGGGAGGGCCGGCACGACUCCGGUUACCGGUACAAGCGCAACGCUCUUGACCGGCCAAGAGAGGAGCGGUGGAAUCGCCAGUGGGGCCGCAGCUUCGAUUACCUUCACAUGGCUCUGCCCAUUUCACAGGUCCUGGAUUACCGCCGCCGCUGCGAGGAAAUACUGGCGGCCCGUGGGGUAAGAAUCGUCGAGUACGCCAUCUGGAGCAGACCGGAGCUCUUCUCCAUGAUGGUGGUUCCGGAAGACACUUCGGGCAAUGAAGAGGAUAUCCGAAAGAACCUUGCCGAGGCGGUGGAGGAAGUUCUUACCCUGUCCCAGGACAUGGGCGGGGUGAUGGAGUAUUGCCACGGCGUGGGCAUGAAGCUGAACCAUCUGCUGGCCCGCGAAAUGGGAGUAGGGCACGACGUGAUGCGACAGAUAAAAGAAGUCCUGGAUCCCUCUAAUAUUAUGAACCCCGGGAAAUUGGGGUUGUAG